UAAACUAUAAAAUCAAAAACUCCAGUUUCCAAAUUCUUAGCAGUAGUUGCUCGUCACCAUGGAAACUCCAAACUUCAGCAUCUUUUUCUUCCCCUUUUACACUGCCAGCCAUAUUCUUCCGAUGGUCGAUACGGCCAGACUAUUCGCCGCCCACGCCGGAGUUAUCGCCAACCUCGUCACCACCCACCGCAACGCCCUUUUGUUCGAAAACACCGUCAAUCUUGACAUCGAUCACGGCUCCCACAUCGUCGUUCACAAGCUCGAUUUCCCCUGCAAACAAGUCGGUCUUCCAGAAGGGGUGGAAAAUCUCAACUCCACCACUUCCCCCGAAAUGAAUCGAAAAGUUUUCAUGGCUGUUGGCCUUCUCCGCCAACCCAUGGAGCAAUUGCUUCGCGAUUACCGCCCCGAUUGCAUCGUCUCAGACAUGUUCUUCCCCUGGACGGUGGAUGUGGCAGAGGAACUCGGAAUUCCGAGGGUCCAUUUCAAUCCAACCGGCUACUUCCCUCGCUGCGUCUUACACAGCCUCAAAACAUACGCCCCUCACGACAAAGUUGAGUCCGAGGCCGAAAACUUCGAUGUCCCCGGCCUCCCGGAUCCGAUUCAGAUGAAGAGGUCUCAGCUGGCAGGGGAGGUGAAAUCGAAAACAGGGUACGCGUUACUAAAAGAGAAAAUGGAAGAGGCAGAGACUAGAAGCUACGGAACCAUUAUGAAUAGCUUCUCAGAUCUCGAGCCAGCUUAUAUUCAAUACUUCCAAAAUGUUAAACGGGGGAAAUUCUGGACCGUAGCACCCAUGUCUCUGUUCUGUAGAAAAUCAAUUAGAAACGGGGAAUCGAACAAUACCAUUAACAGAGACCAAUAUGAUUUCUUCAGCUGGCUUGAUUCUCAGAAACCCAAUUCGGUGUUGUAUGUUUGCUUUGGGAGUAUGGUCAGAUUCUCGGCGGAGCAGCUGAAGGAGAUAGCCAUGGCAUUGGAAGCCUCCGGGAAGCUGUUCCUCUGGGUUUGCAGACCGCCGGAAAAUAUUCCAAAAGGCGAAGAAUGGUUGCCGGAGGGGUUUGAGGAGAGGAUAAGGGAACGAAACGUUGGGUUCCUGAUCAAGGGGUGGGCACCCCAGGUGCUGAUCUUGGAUCACCCCUCCGUCGCCGGAUUCAUGAAUCAUUGUGGAUGGAGCUCUGUUCUUGAGGCUGUAACCGCGGGCGUGGCACUGAUUACGUGGCCGCUAUUUGCAGAACAUUUCUACAACGAAAAGCUGAUCGUGGAUGUGUUGAAAACUGGGAUUGAGGUGGGGUCGGAGUACUGGAACGAAGGAUUCAGCAUAACUACUCCUACGGUUACGAAGGACAAAAUUCAAAAUGCGGUUUGCCGGUUCAUGAGCGGUUCGGGGGAGGCGGAGGAAAUGAGACGGCGAGCCAAGGAGCUGAAAAGAAUGGCGAAUAAGGCGGUUGAAGAAGGUGGGUCUUCCCAUUUGGAUUUCAUGGCCUUGAUAUCGGAGCUUAAAUCGGCCAAAUGAGCCUCAGAACUCAAAAGAGAACGACUUUGAAAUAUGCUUGUUUAGUCGCCGUUUUGUUUAUUCAGAGUAGUGGCAGCAAGAAUAAGAUUACAGCCGAGGAGAUAAAUAUUUUCCUUCGAAUAAUAAAGCAAUUUUUACCUUUUAAA